AUGAGCGCCUCCAGAAGAUCGGCGUGGUUGAGCGGGUUGUUCGCGUUACAAAUCUGUGGAUGUACUUGUUUAUUGUUGGCAUUGGUCAGUCCUAGCUGGCAGUACGUGUAUCUUGAGGUACGUUAAUAAUGUUUUUUUCAUAAUGUUGAAAAUUUUGACAGAAAACGUAAUAUUUCUGAUUCAAAACUCAAUAUUUACAAACAAACUUUCAACUUUUCAUCAAAAAAAAAACAACAAAAAAUGCACUUUUAAAUUCGAAAAGUAAACGUCUCAUCAAACUUUUCGCCCUUUUUUAAAAAAAAAAUUAAAAAAUGACGUUUUUAAGGACGGCCGAACGGAACAUCAGCACGGUCUGUGGCUGGACUGUAAGCGUGACUACUCAAAUGAAUACGGCAGACCGCGUGAUUACUAUGAAACCCUUUACAGGUAAACAGUCUUAUCUUUGCCAUCUUGAAGCGUCUUUUUCCUGAAAACGACCUUGAAGCGGAUCGAGCUACUGCCGGUCAUUUCGGGUGAAACAAGGCGAUUUCUUAUAAAAGAGGGUAUAUCUGGAAUGACAUUCAUUUUAAGAAGAAUAUGGCUUUCAAAUAACAUGAAAAUUAAACUUCAAACAUUUUAAAAAAUUUUUUAAUUUGGAAAUAAAUUAAUUUUGAUCAGAAAAGGCUAGAACUUUUCCUAAAAUUGCCCAAUAUUUGCAUAAAUAAGCUAAUUUGCAGACGCGACCAUCUUCAAGGUCCGUUCGACCAGUUCUGGCUGCCGGCCUUACAAUGUGUCUACAAGUUCGAUUAUUGGCUGGACGAGGAGGAUUGGUUCGAGCACGGCUACGACGAGAAUCGCCUUCAAGGCGACGCGUACCAACACUUGUUUAUAGGUAAUUAUUCACUUAUCGGCUCGCGAAUUAAGACAUUACAUCAUUAUGAACAAGGAUUUGCGACGUAAAAGUGCAACAUACUUAAAUAUUCAAAUUAUUUUUAAAAAAUUUUAAAAUAUUUAAAUAACACAUUUUAAAAUACAAUCUUCAGGGUGGAAGAUCGCUGCUCUAACAGCAAUCUCCUUCGCUACAGUACUCUCCAUCGCCGCCCUGGUAAUGCUGUUCUGGGCGUUCUGUUACCGUACUCUCGUAUGUGUAACAUCAGUACUUGUCAUAUUGUCACUUUUCGGUUGUUCCAUUGGUAAUACCGUAUUCUACUUCUUUGCCAACUACCAAGACAACAAUAUCAUCAAGGAGGACGAUGGUAUCUACCAGCAGUGGUUCGGCUGGUCCUUCUAUGCCUCUUUGGUGGCCAACUUCUGUUUGUUCGUAACGUCUUUCAUUGGAUGUUUCGCGACAAAAGCAACUUUGGGGAAGAAGAAGGCGCAACUUGUGAAGAUAGAGUUGCCAGAAGAGGAUGAUGAACAUCUGUUGAGAGUGAUGAGUAGCAAUGACAAUAGGUUUAAAAGGUCCAAGAGUGCCAUUUACAAGAUAGACUCGAAGGAACUGAGGAAGUGGGAGAGAGAGCAGUUGAAGAUCAUGCAGAAGGUAAAUAUGUCAAUUGUUUUUGAACUUUAGGUCUAUUUGCCACAAAUAAGUACCCUGAAUAAGUCUCUAAUGUAUUGAUUUGAUACCUAAAGUAAUACUUCCAUAACCUACAAAUUACUGUAACUUUUGUCUUUCAGACCGCUUUCAAAAGAGCCAAUUCUAUGCCAAACAUGAAGAAGAUGCCCUCCAAGCCCAGUGUCAACUUUAUGUCAUCAACUUCUGACAUUUCCAAAGCCUUCACCGAGCCGGUGCCGAGAGUAAACUUUAUCGACCAGAAGCCAGAAUCCAGCGACGAUGAUGUUAUGUACGAAUACGUAGAAGCAAACACGAUAUCCUUGAAGUCUGACCGUACUUAUAACACUGGGUAAGUUACUUUUAGUCCACUAGACGUCAGUAACUUAUAAUAAUAAAACACUUAUACCAACUGACUAGUUGGUACUAUAAUUCUUAUAUUAUUAAAAACAUGUUGAGUUUAGGCCUCCACUACCAAAGCGACCAGUAACGUCGACCAAACUGCCAGUAUACGACAGUGUAUUUGAUAAUGUAGCCAAAGAACCAGAAGAAGAUUACUUACAACCAAGAAGUAUAGCAUCAACACCUAUUGGGUUGACGGCUCCAAAAAGUGCUCCAUUAAGAGGUAAGACUACUACGUGUCGUCUGACAUCAAGAAUAAGGAUUCUAAAAGCUAUAUAUUUCCAAAAAAGUGAAAACAUAACAAGAUAUGUAAGAAUACAACUUGUUUUAGAUAUCAUAAGCACGAGACAUGACAUCGAACGACGCUUCGAACAGAAAUCUCUGAAUGCCAUUACUCCGUUACCUUUCCAAAACUCAAAACAAUCGUUAUCAACAAGUAUUGGGGACAAUAAAGUUAUGCCAAAGCCGGUAUGUUGCCCUAUAUUCUACAAUUACCAGCCUUAAACAUGACCUUAAAGCUUAUGCUUCAGAGUAGUUAACAAGAGAAUAAACACCUAAAAUAUAUUUGUCCAUUUUAGGCUUUAAGAAGCUCUGUUAGACACUCCAAAACCCCCAGUAAUCCUCAACCGACCGUGCAAAUCAACACUUUCGAGUACCGUGAUGAAGAAGGACGGAUACGGUAAGCUAUCAUAACCGCAUUCCCUAGUCAUAUAGAAACACAAACCAACAUCUGUAGGUACCUAACAUAACAAAACUAUGUUUCAGAUCCUUGACAAACCUGAACCUGACCGUGGAUCCAUCUGUAUCCUCCAAACAAAGCUCAAAUGCUCCAUCUGAAGUCGGCUACACAAAGCGACCAACACUAGGUCUGAAGGAGACCAACUUUGGCAUCAACUACGCAGUAUCAGAACAUGACAGGUCUAUGGGAUCAUUAACAUAUCGUCUAGGAGACUCACAGUUUGAUCCAGAAGACGACCGGUCGACCGUGUCGACUUCUAUCUCUGGAGCUUCAACUACUUUCAAAACGACUGGUAAAUCUUUUACUAUGGUCUAA